AUGCCGCGUUUUCUCCAACCUUCCUCUCCUCCAGGACUUCUGAAGAAAUCAGUUUCGCAUCUCCCCAUCUCGCAACCGCAAUACAAUGCGCUGGCUAAAUAUGCCCCGGCGAUAAAUAGGCUGACCGCCGGCCUGGCUGUUGUCAGCGCCUACCUUCAGACCUUCACUAGACACCUGCGGCGUCUGGCACGUCGCCACAGCCUAUCAUUGCGUCUUUUCGUCCUCGUGGCUGCCAUAUGUAUUCUCGAACCGCUGGUCUACUCCUUCUACCUCCACCGCGUCUCUCCUCCGCCACAUGAUCUCGACGCCCCCUUCCAGGUUGGCUGUGCCGAUCCCCUCGCCGCCGCCACCGCUUACCCCCGCGAGAAGGCCGCUCUUGUCAUGUUGGCUCGCAAUGCUGAGCUCGACAAUGUGAUCGCAACAGCUCAGAACAUUGAUGUCCAAUUCAACCGAUGGUUCAACUAUCCGCUUGUGCUGUUGAACGAUGAGCCGUUCACCGACGACUUCGUCGCUCGCGUCACUGCCUCUCUGCCGGCCAACCGAACCAUCCGCUUCGAAACUAUUCCUUCAUCUCACUGGGGCUUUCCCUCGCAUAUCUCUUCACAAACAGCCCGCGGAUGGAUGGCCGACCUGGACCGCCAAGGCGUCUUCCAUGGCGGGGAAGAGUCCUACCAUCACAUGUGCCGCUUCUACUCCGGUACCUUCUUCACUCUCCCCGCGUUGAAGGACUACCGCUGGUACUGGCGCCUUGAGCCAGGCGUACAAUACACCUGCGCCAUCACCUACGACCCGUUCGCAGCCAUGGCUCGACACGGGAAGGUCUACGGCUUCACCACUGCCUUGUGGGAAGUCCCCGAGACAUGUCCGAGCCUGUUCCGCGAAGUUGAUGCGUUCGCUCAUGAUUACGAUAUCCCCCAAGGUGUGAACUGGGAUGCCCUCUUGGACAUGGAGAGUGGGCUCUUUGGUAUCGGGCCUCCGGUGUUGUGGAAACGUUGGUUGGCGGCGCGGCGCGGAGACGCACACUGGACGAAAGGGGGUGAUCGAUGGAAUUUGUGCCACUACUGGAGCAAUUUUGAAAUCGCCGAUUUAAACUUCUUCCGCGGUGAGCAGUACCAGGCCUUGUUUCGAUAUCUGGACGAGAAAGGAGGGUUUUACCGUGAGCGUUGGGGCGAUGCGCCCGUGCACAGCCUGGCCGUGCACUUGCUGUUACCACCGGAGAAGUUGCAUCAUUUUGCAGACUUUGGGUACCUCCACGAGCCGUUCUAUCAGUGUCCUGGUAAUGCCCCUAACGGCCAGUUGCGGCAUAGCAAAGAACUGGGGUUGUGGGAAGAAGGCAAUUACUCCGAAGAAAUGGAGGGGUCGAUCGGGUGUCGCUGUCUGUGCAAGGAGGAGAGAAGACGAAAUCUCAGCGGGUACUGCCUGGAGAAGUUGCAGGCGCCGGCCGCAGCCCGGAGGAUGAGUUGGUGGGAUCGUCAGCAGAACCGGUUUCCCUACUCGAUUGGCAUGCCGGGAAGGAAAGGUGAGGAGAUUUAA